AUGGCUAUCUCAAGCAAAUUCAGGGAGUCUAUUGUAGAACAGCUUAGGUCAAUACUUCAUGAAAAUCCGUAUUCUGCUUUUAUUCGAAUCUUAGCAAAAUUUCAGGAUAUAGACAGAUAUCGGAUAUUUCUAAAAUCUGACCCAGGUUUCGACCAACGUGUCUACAACACACCUAUAGUAUCUCAAGUUGCAGCCAUUUGGUCUGAAAGUGAUCUGAAUGACACUCAGACUUCGAGAAACAUCAAAAUUUCUACAAAAACAGACAAUAAGAAAAUAGUUAAACAAUGCUAUGGAUGUUAUGAUGCAUUGCAGUACCCUCUUAUAUAUGCUCAAGGCGAAACAGGUUGGCAUCCAGGAAUUCUUCGAAAAAUCAAAGCUGAUAUAUUGAAGCGACCUGAUCAGACUUGCAAUGAAGAAAAUUUGCUGCCUCUUCAUCAAUGUACUAACAUCGAUCAAAUUAUCAAUGCAGAAGAGAAAGUUAGGAAUGGGGAUCGGUCGAAUCUUCUGCAUAUCAGUCGUCUUCUGCAACAAUACUCUGUUGACACUUAUGUAAAACUGGAGACUUCAAGAUUGGAAUUCUACAGAAGCAAACAAAACAAAUUAAGAACAGAAGCGUAUCAAGGAUUGUUAGACACCACUGCAAAUGGUGAAACAAAUGGCACAAAUGUUGGCAGACGCAUCAUUUUGCCAGCAAGCUUUAUAGGUGGCCUAAGAGAUAUGCGUCGCAGGUACAUGGAUGCAAUGGCAUUGGUGCAACGCCACGGAAAACCUGAUAUUUUUCUUAUUAUCACCUGCAAUCAAUCAUGGCCCAAAAUCAAACAGCAUUUGGGGGAAAAUGAUGAAACUCAUAAUAGACCUGACUUGAUUGCUCGCGUCUUCCGUGCAGAAAUAGAACAGUUGAAGGAAGACCUAUUGAAAAAGCACGUUUUUGGACAAGUAGCAGCAUAUACAUAUGUGGUUGAGUUUCAAAAACGAGAGUUGCCAGACAGAAUUAGAUCACCAUAUCUAUUCUCUCUUGUUGUAAAGCAUAUGCUUCAUGGUCCGUGCGGAUCUCUGAACCCAAAGAGCCUUUGUAUGCGACAAAAUCACAAAUACAAAAACAACUAUCCGAAAGAUUUUUGUGACUUCACCAAGCAUGGAAAAAGCUCAUAUCCAUUGUCUAGAAGGUGUGAUGAUGGAAACAGUGUCAUGAUCAGAGAUCAUCAGUUAGACAAUCAUUGGGUUAUCCUUUAUAAUGCAUAUCUUUUAGCAAAAUAUGAUUGCCACAUCAACGUUGAAGUUUGUUCUGCUAUCGAAGCUGUAAAAUAUAUAUAUAAGUAUAUAUACAAGGGUCAUGACCGAGUUAUAUAUCAGUUGAAUACGGAACAAGCAGACAAAAUUAUUGAUGAAAUCAAAAAUUUUCAGUCUGCUCGAUGGAUCUUGUCCUUCCAUGAAGAUAGACCAUUGCAAGAUGUGAUUGAAGAUGAAAGACUUCAGCGAAUAAUGCUUACAGAACUCUUUGUUAUGAAUCAAACAAAUAAGCAAGCUGAAGAUCUCAAUUUAUUAUAUAAGGAAUUUUCCCAAUAUUUUGUCUGGGAUGAAGAUAAUAGAAUCUGGUAUCCUCGAAAACAUGGACAAGUCAUUGGCCGUGUGACCACAGCACAUCCAAUAGAAAGCGAAAGAUAUUAUCUUAGAAUGCUGCUGAUGCAUGUUCAAAGACUAAAAUCCUUUACUGAUCUCAAAACAGUAAAUGGAUUCAUUGCUUGUUCAUUCAAAAGAGCUGCAGAAAUUCAAGAAUUAUUACAGAUUGACAAUGGAGCAGAGCAAUGUCUAUCAAAAGUUGCGCCAUACAAGAUGCCAUCAUCUCUCAGGAAACUAUUUGCUGUUAUUUUGAUAUAUUGUCCACCGAGCAAUCCAACGGACCUUUGA